AUGUUAAUCAAGACCAAAGUGAUUCAGUUGAUCUUGGUGCAUGGGGUAGCUUGUUGAUUAAUAAAAUAUCGACAUGGGAUAGUCAGGUGAAACGGGCGUCAGGUGUAAAAAGCAAAGUAUCUGAGCUAGAAUUAGAUCAAAUUUUCGAAACUGUCAAGACUAGUGAAACAACUCCUGAUCCUGUUGAAGAAUCAACAAAGCCUCUCUAUUUUGAAAAGAAACAAGUACGAGUUGUUAAUAAUGAGCUUGAUGAUCAUGAAGGAUGGGGGUCGCCACCACCAAAUGAUAUUUCAUGGAGUGAUCCUCGUCAAGGAAUUUGUAUUGAGAUGAUUGAGGAACAAAACCAAACUGUGUUUUGGGCUAGAAUCAAUGGGGCAUGGCAUAAUGUUACAGAAGAAGCUAAAGCGCCUCAAAAAAAAGAAGAGAUUAAAUCAAGCGAUGCUGAUGAUCAUAAUAUUAACGGAAAUCGUUUAGGACGUCAAGGAGUUGAAGAGGAGGAUGAUGAUUCAGCAUCGGCUGGACCAGAAGAGCAUUAUACUAGGAAUUAUCAAUGGAAGGCACAAGAUGAAUGGAACAAGUAUAAUGUUAAGACAGUCGAGGUUGUGCAUGGUAAAGAUUACAUUACUAAAAAGAAACCUACUCUUCAAAUAUCAGAUACGUCAGGAUCAGAAAGUGAUCCUGAAGAUAGCACACUUUCAGUGCCAGUAUCCCAACAUCUUGAUGAUCAUAUUAUACCUGUUAAAACUAAUGUAAUAUCUGUUUCUGAUAAUGAUGACAUUUGGAAUCUCUGUGAUAACGUGAAAAAACCAGAAAAGGAAAAGAAGCAUCUUAGUGAGAGGCAGGUUAUUCAAAAGAUAGAAGACAAUCUUUUGAUAGAUUUGGAUUCAAGUAAAUUAGACGGUGAUAAUAAAGAAAACGAUAGUAGCAACAACAAUAACCUUAAACUUAGCAGAUUAAUCAAUGAGGACAUUUUUAAUUUGUUUAGUCAAAAAAACGUUAUCAUUAAUGGUGAUAUCAGUAGUGGUGAUAAUUUGUUAUUAGAUAAUAAUAAAAACGAGGUUGCGUCAUUAAUUUCAUUUGAAGAGACUGAUGAAAAUAUCCAAGUCGAAAACUAUAGCAGGAACAUAGUUAAUUGUCAAACAAGUACAGAAGAAACUUUACUUUCAAAGACAGAAACAACAAUAUUAUCAUCAAGUAAAGAAGAUGUAAUAAGAAGUUCAAGUAUAGAUAAAAGACAACAACAAGUAGUAGUAGAAGUUGCAGAAAAAGGUCCUUCGCCCAGUGAACAACUAAGGAUGGACAAUUUAGAAUUGGAGAUACAAACUUGUUAUAUUAGUCCAGGUGAUGAUGAUGUUGAUAAAAUUGCAAGAGAAUUUUGUGAUCAAUGGGAAAUGGAAAAAUAUACAACAUCAAUAAUAA